AUGGCUGAAAAUUCAGAUCAAAGGCACUGGCAUCACCCUGACACGUCUGUGACGGACUGUAUCUUGGGUCUGAGGAACAAUAUCGACACCGAGGAGCUGCCAGGUCUCACGAACCUGAUUGACGACUGGUUUGAUCCUAAUGUACCGGUGACACAAGAACAGUUCGUCCGGCGCUUCUUGCGUGCCUUCAAGCAGUCGAACACAGACUUCACCUACGAGAAGAUCAUCGGUGAUUACGACGACGAGGUCCAAGGCAUAUUCAAUGACUUCGUCGACGGCAACAUCGACGCCCAGCAAGCCGCUCAAAAGUAUCGGCCCUAUGAGACAGACAAGUUCCCUAAGAGACGUGGUGAUUUACGCAAAGGGGGGCUCGAGACUAUUGUACCGACAGACCUCAGUGAGCCAGUCUCCCUACUGGCAGCUUUCCCUUCCAGCAUACCUUCACGGAUUCGGUCUUUCUUCGCCAAUGUCAUCCCAGGAAUUAGGAAACCUAGGAGGGCUCUCUACGUUCCGUCAUUCAAGAACCUUGAGUUCCAGAAUUGGGGCAGGACAGUGCGCAAUACUCCUGCACUCACUUGUGUGCCAAACACCGCCCUAGAUAUAUGUGAUAUUGUCAAAUACGCAAAGAAGCACCAGAUGGGUGUGCGGGUGUCUGGAUUUCGUCAUUCAUGGUCCCCCGUCUUCGGACGGUCUCACGACAGGAGUAACGACAACAACAACGGUGACAUUCUGAUCUCUUCUUUGGGCCUCGUUGAUGCUUCAGUCUUGCCCAACUUUACCUCUCUUCCAGGCGAUAUUCUCGAGCCCGGGGCCAAAGAUCUCAACUCCAUCAUCGUCGUUGACCACAGCUACGUCAAAGGACCUAAACUCGUGGACGGCAAGAAGUACGUUAGAGUCGGCACUUCCACAACGAAUGAGCAACUGAGGCGAUGGUGCAUUGAGACGGGCAAGGUCACUCUUCCCAUGAACAUCAUCGAGGUUGAGAUCACAAUGGGAGGAGCCAACGCAACCAUCUGCCAUGGAGCCGGAAUCAACAAUCCUACAAUGUCUGAUCAAGUUCGCGCAAUCGAAUACGUUAACGCAAAUGGCAAACUCUGCAAAGUCGACAUGUCUGCGCGAGCCAUGCUUCGCGCUGCAGCAGGCUGUUUCGGGCUCAUUGGUGUAGUCACGCACCUCGUUCUCGAGUUCGACCCAAUGUCUUGUGCACUGAUGGAGCCACGGAAGUUUCCUGUGGUAGAAGCUAUCCCUCCACCUCCGGACCUACCGGACUCCGCGAUCCCUGGGCCCCUACGUCCGAAGCAUGCGCUCAGUGCCGAUCGGAAAGCACAGAUCCAACGUGACUUCGAGACCCGCGCGCUCGACACCGACUACGCCGAGUGGUUCUGGUUCCCAUACUCGAGCGAAGUGUGGGUGAACUCAUGGCACAAGACUUCCGAUCUCUCAGGUGCGGUGACCUAUCCUAGCGACGCAAAGACCAUCUUACAAGUCUUCGGCACUAUCGCCGUCAACAUAGCGCAACAGGCAACGUCGCUCCUCAAAGCGACCGAGGCGCUGCCGGAAGUCCAGACGAAGGUUCUGACCUGGCUAGCCAUGAAGAACCUCGACGACAUAGGCGAGAACGGCAAGAAGAUCAAGACAUGGCUCCCCGAUGCCCUACAUUUCCAAAGAGGCGUGCAGAAUGUCCGUGUUCGGGAUCUCGAAGUUGAAUUCCCUCUUCAGCCUAAACUCGAAACUAAACCGGCUGUUACUGCCAAUGGCCAUGCGAAUGGCCACGUCAAUGGUGUUGUCAAUGGCAAUGGCCACGUUAAUGGCAAUGUCAAGUCCGACGGCAGGGAUAUCAAAGCAAAGACCGCGAUCGACUUCACCACGGUCCAACGCGCAUGGUGGGACGCCAUCAUCGCAUGCUACGCGUCCAUCGACACCUGUCCCCAACGCAUGCCUCUCGAAAUGCGCAUCAUGUCGUCGUCCGAUGUCACGCUGGCACCCCAACGGGGCCACAAGUACGGCACAUGCUCGAUCGAGAUUCUCACACUCCAGUCCAUGGCGGACAUCUGGCAACCCUACGCGCAGAAGGUGCUGGACAAGUGGUCCAGCUACAGGGACGCACAGGGGGCGUUGAUCCCCGUCCGCCCGCACUGGGCGAAGGAAUGGUACGGGUACACGAUGCACGGGCGGCAGUGGGAAGAAGUGCUCAAGGGCGAGGAGAGCCAAAGGGGCGGGUACAAGGGUGAGAUGGCCGAGUGGAGAGAGCUCAUUGCCCAAGUGGGUGCGAAAGACGGGUGGACCACGGCGGAGGCUCGAGCGAGGUUCGGCAACGAGGUUCUCGAUUCCAUGUUCUGGCAGGCCGAGGGGGAUGUGGUGGACGUGGACGUGAAUCAGUUGAAGAAGCAGAGUUUGGUCAAGAGGGUGCUGAAGAGUUGUUUUGCAUGA